AUGAUCAGUGUCGGAAAAGAUGAUUUCUCUCCGACAAGUUUAAACGAACACAACAAUGGACCAUUUAUUGAUGAUAUUAUUUUUGAAAUUCUUCAUUUCCUUGAUUCAUUGUUUAUUAUUCACAUUUGUAUGAAAAUUUCAAAACAAUGGAGACGUAUAUCAUUUCAAAUUCCUCUCUCAUUAUCAUUCCCACAAAAUCACUUCAAACAAGAUGUUAAAUCCAUCAAACUAUUAACAGAUCGUGAAUGUUUGAAAAAUUUGACUUGUUUGGAUCUGUAUUACAACGGAAUUGGUAGCGAAGGUGUUAAAUUUGUUGCUAUGAGUGAAUGCUUGAAGAAUUUGACUUCUUUAAAUCUGGGUUUGAAUCAAAUUGGCAGUGAAGGUGUUAAAUAUAUUGCCAAUAGUGAGUGGUUGAAGAAUUUGACAUCUUUACAUCUGAAUGGCAAUCGAAUUGGCAAUGAAGGUGCUAAGCAUAUUGCUACAAGUGAAUACUUGAAUUUGAUUUCUUUGAGUCUGCGUAGCAAUCAAAUUGACAGUGAAGGUGCUAAAUAUAUUGGUGCAAGUGAGUCCUUGAAGAAUUUGACUUCUUUGGAUCUGUAUUACAAUGGAAUUGGUAGCGAAGGUGUUAAAUAUAUUGCUACAAGUGAAUACUUGAAUUUGACUUCUUUGAGCCUGCGUAGCAAUCGAAUUGGCAGUGAAGGUGCUAAAUAUAUUGCAACAAGUGAGUCCUUGAAGAAUUUGACUUUUUUGAAUCUGGAACGGAAUGGAAUUAGUAAUGAAGGUGUUAAAUAUAUUGGUGCAAGUGAAUCCUUGAAAAAGUUGACUUUUUUGAAUCUGGGACGGAAUGGAAUUAGUAAUGAAGGUGUUAAAUACAUUGCUAUGAGUGCAUGUUUGAAAAAUUUGACUUUGUUGAAUCUGGUUGGCAAUGAAAUUGGCAGUGGAGGAGCUAAAUAUAUUGCCAAUAGCGAGUGUUUGAAGAAUUUGAUUUCUUUGGAUCUGAGUAAUAAUGACAUUGACAAUGAAGGUGUAAAAUAUAUUGCCGCAAGUGAGUGCUUGAAGAAUUUGACCUCUUUGGAUCUUUAUUAUAAUAGAAUUCUCAGAGAGGAAGUCAAAUAUUUUGCUACGAGUGAAUGGUGGAAGAAAAUGGCAAUUGGAGUUGAAGAAGAAUGA